AUAUUCCAUACUGUCGCAAGGUUUCCGUUGAGCGAGCAACUGACUCAGAGAUGCAGCUUCAGACUGUGGAUAUACAAGGCCUGCGGCAGCUACUGGCUCUGUACAGGCGCGAGUGGCCGAAAUACUGUCAGGAAUUCGCAAUCCUAAAGAAUCUCAUCGCAUUUGCCAAAGUUGAGCCUGGCAUGAAGCAUGUAAAGGCGUACAGCCUGCAGGAUCCACAGGCUCAGCGGCUGGGCCUCUUUCUGAUUGUGGAUCGCUAUCAAUUGCUUGUCGGCUGCCUGGGAGAAUCGUUGGAUUUACUGGCGCAGGCGCUGCAUCUGCUGGACUGGUCCAGGGGCAUGCUGUGCACCUCCGUGCCGGAGCGUUAUAUUGAGACUGUGUUGCAAGUGCUGCUGGAGGAGCAACUAGUUAUCGAAUUUCAUCAUUUGAGCGAUCUAUAUCACAUGCCAGCCAAGCAGGCACUGCACUUGCACGUGGACUGUCCGAAGGGCUUUCAGCUGAAGUCCUUAAGUGAACAGGAUGCGCACCUCGUAGAUCAGGAAUGGCCCUACAGUCAUGAGGGUUCCCUGUUCUUUAUACAGCGCCAGAUACGCUUGUGUCCCAGCAUGGGCUUGUACGAUGACGACACACAGCAGCUGGUGGGCUGGUGCAUCAGAACACAAGAUGGUCUCCUGGCCGCUUUGCAUGUCCAGAACGCAUACAAGCGACGCGGCUUUGGCAGCCUCAUAGUCCAGGCUCUGGCCCGACGCAUUGCGGCCUUGGGAGACGAUGUUACCGCCGAGAUUUACGCCGAAAAUAUACCUUCUGUGAAUAUGUUUAAUAAUCUGGGCUUUCAAGUAAUCGAUCGGUGCCAUUGGCUCAACAUUGCGCCUACCACGGGCAGCUUCACCUGGCCAGAGGGUGAAUAGGUCGUGCAGCGAUAUUUAAGGGCUAUGAAAGACUAAAUUUAGUUUGUAUUAAAUAGAGCUAUUUUAAGCGCGUAUAAGGAACAGAA